AUGUCUGAUUCCGUUGUUAGCAUUAAUUAUAAUUAUUUGAACUAUAAUGAUUUGCUAAUCUUAAGUAAAUGCCCUUACCAAUUAACCCUUUCUAUUGAAGAAUUAACCAAACCAGCUGUAAAAAACCGUGGCGAGUCUGAUAAACCACCACGACCACAAAAUAGCUGGAUAAUUUUUCGAAAAGAUUAUGAAGCGAAUUUACGUUUAUGCUAUCAACACGUCAAACUAAAAGUCAAAGAAACAGCAAAAGAAUGCAGUUUAAAGUGGCGAAAGCUACCAAGCGAGGUUAAGCAUUUCUUCAAAAUAUUAGAGAAGAUAGCUUGUGCGAACCACCAAAACCUAUAUCCUAAUUAUAAGUAUAAGCCACAAAAUACGAAAAAUGCAAACAUUAAGAAAUGGAUUUUUCGCGAACAAAAGAAAUAUGCGUUUGUCCCGUUACCCAUUUCUAGCUCGCUCACUUUAAGAAAUGAAAUCAUGAAUCAUACAGCAUCAACAAUCGAAUGUAAUCGUAAUGUUAUCACCACUUCGACAACUAUUGAUUAUACUUAUCCUUUUAUCAAUACUAAUAUCGAUGCUACUGCUACUGCUGCCGCCGUUGAUGAUUAUAAUACGAAUACUUAUGAAACUCCUAUCAAUGAGUCAUUUGUUAGCAAUACUCAUGAUAAUGUCUCAAUCAACAAUUCUUCAUCGCCAAACCAAUUCAUCACUAAUAAUCAAAUAAUGUCAUCAUAUCUCUACGAAUUCAAAUUCAGACAGACUAAUCAAAGUACAACUUUAAAUAUUCCAACGAAAAGGGAAAAAAGACAUGCAAUAAACCAAAGACCAGUUAUGUCAUCGCCGUCGUCAUUAUCAUCGUCGUAA